AUGCGGCUGACCGUGCGAGGUCAGAGAGCUGUGGCGCUGCUGCAUUUCAUCUGCCUCCUCUGGGCGACCUUCGCCAUGACUCAAAAUUUGGGGUUGCCCAGGUCGGUCCGGAAAGUGCACGACGACAGUUAUGGCGGCCAAUGGAAAUACCUCACCUUCCUCAACCAGCUUCUACAGACAGUGCUGUACUUAUUGUGUUUCACAAUUGAUGCUGUAGCUCUGUUUGUCCCUUCCCAAGAAGAGAAAGUGUCAUCUACAGUGGUGCCUGUUAGAGAUUUCAUCUUCUCUGCAUAUGUAUUUCCUGUUGGUUUAUUUGUACCUGUUGCUUUCUGGGGACUUUAUGCCAUUGACAGAGAACUAGUGUAUCCUAAAGAGCUGGAUGAUAUUAAUCCGAAUUGGCUUAAUCACAGCAUGCACACUACUAUCCUGCCACUGCUUUUCAUAGAGCUGGUUAUAUGUCCACAUAAGUAUCCUCCUAGACGGAAAGGACUAUUGGGACUUGGCAUCUUUGUAGUUGUAUACCUAUCAUGGAUAUUUUGGAUACAUCAUGUGUCAGGGAUUUGGGCUUAUCCAGUUUUAGGAGUGCUUGGCCUACUUGGAAAGGCGGUGUUCAUCGUUAUCGCUAUGAGCAUAAUGCUCACCUUCUAUUUCCUCGGGGAGCGCCUAACAAAAUGGCUGUGGGCAAAGCAUUGA